GGUCUCUUGUGCAGGAAGGGGAAGGGGCCAAAGCAUGGGGGAAGGCGUGGCAGGAAGGGGGGGACUCUGUGGUCAGGGAACUGCUCGCUGAGCACAGCUGCACAGUGCUGUCAGAACGGCCGAUCUCCAGCCCAAGAUGAUUCCAGCAGUGGUCUUGCUCUUACUCCUUUUGGUUGAACAAGCAGCGGCCCUGGGAGAGCCUCAGCUCUGCUAUAUCCUGGACGCCAUCCUGUUUCUGUAUGGAAUUGUCCUCACCCUCCUCUACUGUCGACUGAAGAUCCAAGUGCGAAAGGCAGCUAUAACCAGCUAUGAGAAAUCAGAUGGUGUUUACACGGGCCUGAGCACCAGGAACCAGGAGACUUACGAGACUCUGAAGCAUGAGAAACCACCACAGUAGCUUUAGAAUAGAUGCGGUCAUAUUCUUCUUUGGCUUCUGGUUCUUCCAGCCCUCGUGGUUGGCAUCACAUAUGCCUGCAUGCCAUUAACACCAGCUGGCCCUACCCCUAUAAUGAUCCUGUGUCCUAAAUUAAUAUACACCAGUGGUUCCUCCUCCCUGUUAAAGACUAAUGCUCAGAUGCUGUUUACGGAUAUUUAUAUUCUAGUCUCACUCUCUUGUCCCACCGUUCUUCUCUUCCCCAUUCCCAACUCCAGCUAAAAUAUGGGAAGGGAGAACCCCCAAUAAAGCUGCCAUGGACUGGA